UCUGUCGUGUCCGCCCCUUCUGUUCCGAGAAGGACGAUGGGAGCGGUAGUUCUGUUUGGUUGGCUCCAGUUCCCUGCGGACUUCUUCACGCCGCUUCCCGGGCUUGAGGUCCUGCACUUGGGCCGGCGGGCAGGGAAGCGAAGUCACCGGCCGACUAUGAGCCACGCGGUGCUGCCUCCUCUUGUGUAGCCGAAGGACCCCUUGAAGAACUGACUUUAAGGAAGAAAUGGGGAGAAAUCUCGCCGCCGCCGCCGCUGGAAAGUGCCUAAAAGUCGUUGCUUGGGCUCUCCUGCUCCUCCCGGGUUUUGCUGCAGGGAGGGCGAGCCCUCCUUUGCUCUGCCCUCACGAGGGCUGUGGCAAGUCUAACGUUGUCAUGGUGAUGUGCGAUUCGUUUGAUGGAAGGCUGACAUUUAAUCCAGAAAAUGAAACAGUGGCCUUGCCUUUUAUAAGUCUCAUGAAGAGACAUGGCAGUCUUUUUCUAAAUGCCUAUACAAAUUCUCCAAUAUGUUGUCCUUCUCGAGCAGCCAUGUGGAGUGGCCUUUUCACUCACCUAACAGAAUCAUGGAAUAACUUCAAGGGCUUAGAGCCAAAUUACACAACAUGGAUGGACCUGAUGGAAAAGCAAGGCUAUUACACUAAAAAAUAUGGAAAACUAGAUUAUACUUCAGGACAUCAUUCACUAAGUAACCGUAUGGAGGCUUGGACCAGAAAUGUAGAUUUUUUGCUACAGCAGGAAGGCAGGCCUGUGGCAGCACUCAUAGGUAAUAAGACAUCUGUGAAAGUCAUGCAAAAAGACUGGGAAACCACCAAUGAAGCAGCAGCUUGGAUAAGAAAGAAGGCAACAAACUUAACACAACCUUUUGUUCUUUACUUGGGAUUAAAUUUACCUCACCCGUAUCCUUCACCUUCCUCAGGAGAAAAUUAUGGGUCAUCUACAUUUCUGACAUCUCCAUACUGGCUGCAAAAGGUGACGUACAAUGCCAUCAAGAUUCCAAAAUGGUUUCCAUUUUCAGAGAUGCACCCAAUAGAUUAUUAUUCCUCUUAUACCAAGAACUGUACUGGGCCAUUUACGGAGAAAGAAAUACGAGAUAUACGAGCACAUUAUUAUGCCAUGUGUGCUGAGACUGAUGCCAUGUUAGGAGAGAUAAUUUCUGCUCUUAAUGAAACAGGACUACUCAAAAGCUCUUUAAUCGUAUUCACUGCAGAUCAUGGUGAACUUGCUAUGGAACACAGGCAAUUUUAUAAAAUGAGCAUGUAUGAAGCAAGUUCCCAUGUUCCUCUUCUUAUAAUGGGACCAAACAUUAAACUGCAAAACGUAUCCAAUGUGGUGUCCCUUGUGGAUAUCUAUCCUACCAUGCUUGAUAUUGCUGGAAUACCUAUACCAAAAAAUCUCAGUGGUUAUUCACUGAUGCCUUUAAUACUGGAGAAGGCAGAAGAUACAAUCCCAUCUAGAGAGCUACAUGCUCCUUGGAUUCUGAGUGAAUUCCAUGGAUGCAACGUGAAUGCUUCAACCUACAUGCUGCGAAUUGACCAAUGGAAAUACAUAGCUUAUGCAGAUGGCCAUUCAGUAUCUCCUCAGUUGUUUGACCUCUCUGCUGAUCCAGAUGAACUAACAAAUAUUGCAACAAAAUUUCCAGAGAUUACAGAAUCUUUGAACAAAAUACUUUACUCCAUAAUUGAUUAUCCAAAAGUCUCUGCUUUGGUUGAACAGUACAACAAGCAGGAGUUUAUCAACUGGAAACAAGAUGUAGGACAAAACUAUUCUGAUACCUUAGCUAACCUCAGAUGGCAUCAGGACUGGAAAAAGCACCCAAAGAUGUAUGAACAUGCAAUUGAUCAGUGGAUUAUAGGGAAGACACAUGUAUGAGAUUUACGUGGAAAGUGAAAAUUAAAGUCCACUAAAUAAUCUGA